AUGAGAUACUCGACGUUAUCAAGCUCAAUAAGAUGUGCCCUGCAGCUCUCUGCAAAAAAUGAUAUUUAUUCAAGGAGAGGUAUCCAAUACUUCAGAACGUUAAUAAAUCAGCGUAAAUUUAAUACAAAACAAGUACCUAGUCCACCCAAACUUCCAAAAACAGAACAAGAUGAAUUCGAAAAAUUACAAAAGAUAGCUCAAACUCAAGUAAUUAUUGAUGGCUACAAUGAAGAAAUCAAGAACAACCCUACAAAAGAGAGUUUGCAGAAUGCUAUCUUAACCAAAAAUGACAUUGGUGGCUUUUCACCAGAGUUUAGAAAGACCAUCCCCGAGUUUGAAGGUGAUGUUAAUCCUAAGACAGGUGAAGUCGGUGGCCCUAAACAGGAUCCAUUAAGACACGGUGACUAUUCAUUCAAUGGUAGAGUUACCGAUUUUUAA